AUGAACGCAACAGAACGACAGGGAUUAAAUCUCGAUCACACGCCUGACAACAAAACGAAUCUGAAUGAAAGUAUGCAGGAUUUUCCAAAACAACACGUCAGAAAAAUCGAAAGAAUAGAAGGUUGCGAUGGCACAAAUAAUAAGCCAACUUCAGCGGAUAAUCCUGAUCUUCUUGGUCUCCCUGUUCAAUCAACAAAUUCUUCAUCUGAGGGAAGACGUCCAAAAGGAAUCAAAAACUGGCUAAAAGAUCCAAACGUGUACAUGGUAAACCCUCGUGUUUCCAACUAUCCUGGUUUGUUGAUUUAGUUAACUCUCUGUGAUGUUUUUCUCGUGUUUUAAUUCUUAGGUAGCCAUUAUCUUUACAUGUACACGUCUUGCGCAGGACUCUGUAAACAGCUAUUUACCGCUAUUCCUCACAGAGAGAUUAUCAUUCCCCAAGGUAUAGUUCAAUCUGAAGUGCUCAGUUGUUUGCAAACUAAUUGAUAAUUAUAAUAAUCUCAUCGUAUUUUUUUCCUGAAUCAGGCAGCUAUCGCUUAUUUUCCACUCGUCCUCCUAACCAGUGGCUCUUUAGCGAGUUCAACGUGUAAGAAACUGAAAAGGAAAAUUGGAAGUAAGGUAAGACCAAGAUUAACAGCUUCUUCUAGCUGGUCAUUCCACGUUUGUGAUAGUGGAAAUGCAUUGAUUACGCCAAACGUCAGCUUAUCUACUUGUUGAUGAUGAUUGGCUGAGAGGGGCAAUAAAUCAACGAUCAUCUUAAUGGCUUUAUUUAACUUAAUACGACAAAUGAACCAUCUUUCCUCAAGUUUCGAUGGUCAGGAGUUCAAUUACUCAAAGGAUACUCAUAUCUUUUCUUGGUGUCUUGCUUGUUACAGAACCACGAACAACUUUAUUGUUAACUUAGUCUCAGUAACUUUCAUACUUUCCUUGGUAUGCACAUUAUAGUGGAACUACCUUCUGGCAAGUUUAUUAGUAAUGGGUGGUGCUGUUUGGAGCUAUUUUCAAACCUUCUACACUAGACAAUCAACUUAUGCACCAGUGGUUAUGAUAGGAGGUGGUCUGUCUAUUAUGUACGUCAUGGCACUGGUCUUCAUCACCGAGCUGAUCGGGGAAAAUAAGGUUAGUCUUUUGAAACAAGCUUCAAUGGUUUCGAGGAGAGAGCAAAAUCUGCUCAGUUUAGUUACAAUGCAUUUCCAACCCGCCAUUUUUGAAACUGAAAUGACAUGAAAGUUGUUUUGAAUGUCGCAAAACAAAAUCCAAACUAAUCACAACUCUUUGUCAGAACGAAAUAAAAUCUCACAAGCCGCUACUGAGAAUUUCAAGUAAAUACAGUUAGUUCGCCUGAAGUUUGGGAAAUUUCGAGUUACAUCUGAUCGGUUGAGAGAUUGUUGCGAGUUUUCAUGGCCAAUCACAGAGGGUAAUGAAAAAGAACCGUUUCAUUCGCGUGCUAGUUCCGAAACUUGAUUAACACCAUGAUCAGUGUGCAUAUUUUCCAUAGUGCUCUCUAUAAAUUUACCAUGAUACUAACAGGGAAAAUUUUUCUAACAAUCAAGACCUUUAUUUUGAUCGGCGAUCAAAUGUUUGAUUCAGCAGUGACACCGUGAGGAGAAAUUAAAGACCUGUUGUUUAAAAAAUUACGUUAAUAAUAGUACUAAUGUUGGUUUCCCAUCUGAGAUCAGUGGGUUGAUACGGUGAUUUCCUGUCAGGAAACCAGUGGAUCAGUGUUUUCCAUUAUCACUGUAAUCGCCAGAAUCUCAAAGGGUGCACUCAUCAUUGGCAUACAGGAAUUUUAUCCGGAAGAAAGGUUGGUCUAUCAAAUCUUUAUUGUAAUUUACCCUAGAAGGAACAAGAAACAUGGUAUUUAAAACGUUUAGAUGACCAGCCGAUUUGUUAAAACUCGAAACGUAUAUUCAACAGGUCUUUACUAGCUUGACCAGGCCAUCGUUGACAAUUUGAAAUUUUAAGGACAGAUUUAAAAUUAUGCACGAUUUAGUAAACUUUAGUAAACUCCUUAACUCCUUUAUUCAAUUUAGAACCAGCUCAAAUGAGGCGGUUAGCAACUACGUACGGCAUGUGUUUGUAAUGGCGCCUGGAGUAUUAACUCUGGUGGCAUUCUUGCUGGUUUUGUUUUUCCAGCCAUCUAACUUUAUCUGCAAAAGUAAAGGUAAGUACAUUGUCAAGCUGUUAGACGUCUAUAACUUGGGUAACGUAUGGAGAAUAACUACAAAUACUCUGUAUUACCCCGUGACUCAAUGGUGUCAAGCGUUCCUUUGUUUAAACUAGUAAUCUUACCAAGUAACACAAGCCCGUGUAAAUGCAUUUACCUCGUGAUAGUUUUGCGUCUAUGUAGUACUGCUAUCCAUGCUCAGUUAAUAAGACGGUUGUGACGUGGUUGUCUUUGUUGUCAACGAAACCUUCUUCCGUCAAUUUGUUCUUCUAGUUUCAGAAGAUGUUGAGGCUCUACACGGCCAAUCGUCGUUUGAUGUUCAAGUUAACCAAUGUCCAUUGGGAGUCAAAGUAACGUCAAGCCACAGCUUGGAUGACAGUCACAAAACCUCCAUCGCGGUGGUGGAUUCUUGUUCUGAGGACUCAAAACUUUGAAUUCUUUGAAAAUUGCAUUAUGUGUAGAGUUCAGUCGACCUUCUAAAAGGUGAUUCCACAGACACGCCCACGAUUUCGGCC